UGGCAACUCUGUCAGCAUGACUCGGCGAGGUAAAUUUUGACCAUUUUGACAGCACAACAGUUCACAAAGUUAGGCAGUGUUCAAUUAUUGCAAAAUAGUAUAAAUAAUAAAUGAAAAUGUCGAACUUGGAUGAAAGAUUAUUCGAAGACGGUGAAGAAUCUCUGGGAGAAGAGGUUCUUCGUAUGUCCACCGAUGAAAUUGUGAGUCGAACCAGACUUCUAGACAAUGAAAUAAAAAUCAUGAAAAGUGAAGUAAUGAGAAUAAACCACGAGCUGCAAGCCCAAAACGAGAAAAUCAAAGAAAACACCGAAAAAAUCAAGGUAAACAAAACCCUACCUUACCUUGUCUCAAACGUCAUCGAGCUUCUUGACGUUGACCCUCAAGAAGAAGAAGAGGAUGGAGCUGUGGUUGAUUUAGAUUCACAGCGAAAGGGAAAAUGCGCAGUUGUAAAAACGUCUACAAGACAAACCUAUUUUUUGCCGGUCAUUGGACUAGUCGAUGAAGAAAAACUAAAACCUGGAGAUCUCGUUGGUGUUAACAAAGAUUCCUACUUGAUACUGGAGACCUUACCAGCCGAGUAUGACGCUCGCGUUAAAGCAAUGGAAGUGGAUGAACGCCCCACGGAACAAUACUCUGAUAUCGGAGGACUUGAUAAACAAAUUCAAGAAUUAAUUGAAGCUGUUGUGCUCCCCAUGACCCACAAGGACAAAUUCUUUAAUCUUGGCAUCCACCCACCAAAGGGAGUUCUUUUGUAUGGCCCUCCUGGUACUGGCAAAACUCUUCUAGCUAGAGCAUGUGCGGCUCAAACAAAAUCAACCUUCCUAAAGCUGGCAGGCCCACAAUUAGUUCAAAUGUUUAUUGGAGAUGGUGCCAAAUUAGUGCGAGACGCGUUCGCUCUGGCUAAAGAAAAAGCCCCAGCUAUUAUUUUCAUAGAUGAAUUAGACGCCAUUGGUACUAAAAGAUUUGACUCAGAAAAAGCCGGUGAUCGAGAAGUACAACGCACAAUGUUGGAACUGUUAAAUCAGCUGGAUGGAUUUAGUUCAACAGCAGAUAUUAAAGUAAUUGCAGCAACUAACCGUGUGGAUAUUUUAGAUCCGGCUUUAUUGAGGUCGGGCCGUCUUGACCGAAAAAUUGAAUUCCCUCAUCCAAAUGAAGAAGCCAGAGCUAGAAUCAUGCAAAUCCAUUCAAGGAAAAUGACGGUUAAUCCUGACGUGAAUUUUGAGGAGUUGGCGAGAUCCACAGAUGAUUUUAAUGGGGCCCAAUGUAAAGCAGUGUGUGUUGAAGCAGGCAUGAUUGCGUUACGGCGCAAUGCGACUGCAGUAACACACGAAGAUUAUAUGGAUGCUAUCAUGGAAGUUCAAGCGAAGAAGAAAGCUAAUCUUAAUUAUUAUGCUUAAGUUUCUUUUAUAAUUAUUUCAUGUGUGUAUAAUAAAGUAUUUUGUAAUGUAGAAAACUCACUUUAAUAAAAAGAUUGUAAUAAAAAAA